AUGUCUGACUCCUGUUUUUUAAACGGGAAUGAAGUGCAAGAGCUCCUUCAGGGGCUUCGUCAUUAUGUGGCCAAAAAAGGCCUCGACUUUGAUACCCCGGGUGUGUUGUCCACUAAUGAUUAUUGGAAUUUGACGGGGGUGACUGCAGAACAAUUUGAUUCUAUUCUGAGUAUUAUUGUGUCACGUUUAAACGAGUCGUGCAAUAGAAGUGCACGCACCGCCCUAGCUGUUUUCUUGACCAAACUUAGGACGGGGUUAUCUUACUCAGUCCUUUGUAGUAUUUUUGCUCUAACAAAAGAUACUGUAAAAAGAUGUAUUCAUUCCGUUCGCAAUGCCUUAAUGAUCGAAUUUGUGCCGAAACAUCUUGGAUUUGGACACAUGUCCAGGGAUGAAUUAAUCGAAAAGCAUACUCGACCAUUUGCUAUGUCACUUUUCGCUCAAAACGACGAGGAUACUGCCAUUCUAGUUGCCGAUGGAACUUACGUGUAUAUCGAGAAAAGUUCUAACUAUAAGUUCCAACGCAGAUCCUUCUCCAUGCACAAACAUCGCCCUCUUGUUAAGCCCAUGAUGCUUGUUAGUACAACGGGCUACAUCUUGGAAGUGAUGGGGCCGUUUUUUGCAGAUGCAAAGAAUAAUGAUGCUGCAAUAAUUACAUCACACAUGAAAAACGUUUCGGAUGGGCUGAGAGCCUGGUUACUUGAAAAAGAUGUGUUAAUUGUGGAUCGCGGAUUCCGGGAUUGCAUUGGCUUUUUAGAGGACUCGGGUCUGGUGGUAAAAAUGCCACACUUCUUAAAUAACCAAAAGCAGCAUACGGCAGUCGAGGCAAAUGAGUCGAGGCUUGUCACUUCUGUUAGAUGGGUUGUUGAGGCUACUAAUGGAGUCCUCAAAACUUUCAAAGCCUUAGGGCAUGUAAUGCCUAAUUCCCAAAUACCAUUUAUUGGAGAUUACGUACGAAUUGUGUGCAGCAUUAUCAAUGCAUUCAGGCCUCCCCGCAUAUUGGAUAGUCAUGACGCGCAUACUAAGGCCCAGAGAAUGUUAGCCCUUUCCAAACGUGGAAACGAGUUGCAGGCUCAAGUCAUCCGAGAGAACUGGUCCCAAAAAAGAGUGAUUUGGAAAAAGAUGGACGCAAGGGAACUUGAAGACUUCCCGAGAUUGACAGUGGAAGAGAUCGAAUUCAUGACUUUCGGAAGAUAUCAGUUGAAGCAAGCGCAAUCAUACACAUCUGAGCAUCAAGAUGAAGGUGGAUUAUACGAAUUGAUGAUUCACAAAGAAUGCUCGGAUAUACUACGUGUCCAAAUCCAAAGCCGUCAUUCUGCAUCGAUGAUUCACAACCUAUGGAUCAAGUACUCGCUGUUCGGGAUCUCGGAGUGGUACUGUCAGUGUCCAGUGGGAGCAAGAAUGGUCGGCUGCUGUGCUCAUGUGGCAUCAGUUCUGUGGUUUCUUGGUUUUUACCGACAUCAAGAAAAAGAGCCCCGAAGAUUGUCAUCCUCUUAUGGAGACUGCCUAGAGGAUGCUGCUUACUUAUGGUCUGACGAGGAUUCAGAGUGA